CCUCACCAACAAUCUGCUGGCCCACGUCGCCCUCGCCAAACUGCCGCCGCACAGCGCGCCUCCGUCAGAUUCUACCCAGAGGCGUGGGCAAGACGCCGGCCUCGUCUGGCGCCUGCGGAACCAUCCCAAAGGCCGCGAAUCGUCUUGACUCCGUCGCGACCUCCGCAAUCGAAACGGACGCGCCGCACUGGGACGGGCACGCGUCGGCCAAGCUCAACAAGGCGCCACCCGCUCCAUUUGCGAUCCCGAAUUCAAGAAGCCAUUGCGCCUCGAUACCGUGAUCGCGCAUUUUGAUGCACCCCGACGUAUCAUGCGCUAGUCGCAGCGAUUCCGAUAGACGGCAUUACGAUGGACAGUAAACGCAAGGCCAACAGCGCCGCGGCGUCGGAUUCCGACGAUCGCUCGUCGAAGCGACGCAAGGUGUCGGACUUUGACCUCAGUAAAGGCGAAUCGCGCGAUUCGACCACCGCGUACGGCCUGGCCUUUUUGGAGCAGAUGCGGCGUACGGCGGAUAAGAGUGGGCGCCUUGUUGCGACCUACUUCGAGCAACUACUUCCGCGUCAAGGAAACGAAGAGUACUACAAGAAGACUCGCAUGCCCAUCUCCCUCGAGACGAUAGAGGAGAAGCUCAACAAUGGCGAGUUCAAGAAUCUGGCGGAGCUCGAGAGCUAUUUCAAGCGCAUGAUUUGCAACGCCAAGGAGUUCUACCCCCGGUCGUCCUCCAUCUUCGACGAUGCCGAGCGGGUACGCAAAGCGCUGAGCAACUACAUGACCAAGACAAACCCUGCCUAUGGCACGCGUGGCUAUCAAGCGCAGCCCACGCCGUUGCCACCGGAAGAUGGGGAAGAGGUCGAUGAAGAUGCCGAUGGCGAGGAAAACGAAGACGCCGACGAGGCCGAAGAGGAUGUAGACGCUGAAGGUGAAGAGGAAGCGGAAGAAGAGGAAGCGGAACAGGAACAGCAAGAGACCUCUGGCCGCGGCUCGAGGAGGCGCUCCAUCGUGCUCAAGCGACGCGAGUCGGGCCGCCAUUCGAGAAACUCUGUUGCGCAGGUCAAAGACAGCCCACGCGCGAGCAUCAGCUCCAACCGACCCGACCAUCAGUACGAGAACGUUCCGUACAAGGGGCUCAGCUUUCAGCAAGCCCAGGAAAAGCUCGUUGAGGAGCUGUUGCGUUGGCAAGAGCCAGACUACGAGGGUUACUUUGAGCCAUUUCACAACCUGCCUCCUCGGGCCUUGAAAGACUAUUACAAGGUCAUCUCGGACCCGCUCUCGCUCAAGAAGCUACAGAAAAUGGUCAAGGGCGUGCACGGCCGAGGCGACGCGACAGGAGUGAGCGAUUUCAAGUCCUGGAGUGCCUUUGAGGAGAAGUCGAAGCUGCUAUGGAACAACGCGUAUUUCUAUAAUGAAGAAGGCAGUGAGAUAUACGAGCUAGCGCAGGAGCUAGAGCAAGCAUUUGCGGACCAGCUGAAGGAGGCGCAGUCCGUCGUGCCCGAGCCAGCGCAGCCGCCCAAGAUCAAGCUCAAGGUUGGACAGGGCACCGAGACUCCUACGUCCUCGAAAAAGAUCACCAUCCAUGUCGGUGGUCGCGGGAGCUCUGCCGAAUCGCCCGCGCCUCAAUCCGCAAGCUCACCCGCGGCGCCCGCUGUCAACGGGACGAUGCGAACGUCUAGCCGCCUUGAGGCUGCGCGCAGCGUCUCGCUCUCGGCGCCCUCUCCCAGCCCGUCGACACAGGCUGGCCUCAAGACGGAAGACAGCGCGCGUGCCACGCCGGUGGUCACGGGCCCCCCGCCUCCGGCCGUACCCGGCGCCUAUCCGCAGGCCCCGGUGCCUCCUCCGCAACCCAUGGCACACUUUGCUCCAGUGGUCACCACCUACGUUGAGCCUAAGAGGCUCCGGAGGAAGGGAACCAGUUCCAAGGACGCCCUCAUCUCUCGCCUCCGCCUUCAGCUGCACCCCAACAUGCAAGUCGAGCAUCCAAACGUCAUCACCCUGUUCCCGCACCCCACGGAACUGCAGCAGUCCGGCACCGUGAACCUGCCGCCGCACUACAACCGGCUCUUCAUCGUCGUCAGGCUGCCCGAGUUCCUCUACGAUCGCCAGUACAGCCUCUGGGUGCUCAUCAACAAACAACCCCUCAAGCCCGUCAUGCAGCCCCUCCCCGGCCAGCUGCGGGAGGAGCGCGCCUUCGAGGUCGGCCUCCACCAUGGAGUCAACGUCAUUGAGGCGCACCUCAUCGCGGCCAUCCCGCGCGACGAGCGUGAGCCCGGCGGCCCGGACGCGGAGCUCGAGGUGUUUACCGUCUUUGCCAACAUAAUGAGGACUUGAGGACCGCCGGGGGGGCCCUUUGAUCCUCCUCCUAGGAGGCGCCGUGAAAUCUUGCGGCUUCAGCGAUCGCAAAGUGCUACUCUGGGCGAGCUCCAGCUGGUGGAGGAUGCGUCAGGAUAAAGGCGUUUCAAACUAGGCGUUCUGUGGAUGGCUUGUGUGCGCCCUAUAGCUGGCGGGCUGGCGGCUGGAUCUGAAUUGUAAGGCUGCGAGAUGCGCGAGGUAGCGCGCCAGGGGUCGGUGUUCUGUUUCGUAUAAGUUGCUAGCAUCACCAACAGAGAUUAUAAGUCGAU